UCACCGUAUUGAGCAUCAAAAAUCACGCAACCCAAAUUCAUGCUGAGUGUGGAUGAAGUAGGCCAACAUGCAUCAGCUUGGUUCCAGAUUCACUGAGAGGACCAUGAAGCCAUUUGUUCGUAUUGCUUAACAAGUGGGUACUGUUCGAAGGUCCAGUUUUUGGGUGUCAAUCCUCUCCCCUCACAGUCAUCGCAUUACUCUUGUAAUAUUGAAUUGCUUGAAUUUUAGUAUUUCAAGGAUUGAGAAGAUGCUUUGAGUUUAGUGCGAGAACCUUGCAGGGUGGGGAGACGUUGAGUAUUGAGCUGAUUGUGUGUAUCGGAAGCUCUUUGUUCUAGUGGUGGAAUUGGAGAGGUUUGGGGAUCAGGCAGGAAUGCAAGUGUUUUGCAUAUGCUGUAAAGCGGUGGCGCGGGUGGCAAGGGUAGAGAAGGAAAGCGUCUGAAUGAGGGGGUGGUCAAUGUCUAAUCUAUGGCCAAGGCGCUUGAAGUCUCCUUUUCUGCCUCUAUCUGCUGUUAUUGCCCUUCUCGCUAAAAUCUGCUACUGUGUAGGUUGUGGACGUAAAUUUCUUGCUGCUCACAUUGAAUUCGUAAUUCCAUUAAUCCCAUUCUGAAAGAACGUAGGAAAUUUCAUAUUGUUUUGAACAACUUUGAUUUGAUGUGAGAUAGACUUAUAGAACAUUGUCCAUAUAAAUCAAAAAGACCUUACUGAUGAUUUUGAGAUUGCAUUGUGGUAUUUGGUUGAUUGCGAACACCAGAUAGGACUGUUAACUCAAGGACGAUUGGAACCGUAGAGAUUCAAAGCUUUUGGGUGUAUGAACAGUGGUCAAUUGUGGUGUAGUUAUGAAUUUUUUUUCAUACUAUCAGUCCCUCAACACCGAAGGCUUCAUCCUGCAUUGAGGGUUCAGGGUUUAUGCUACACAGUUGUGCUCGUCAAGCGAUUAUGAAUAUGAGGAAAGAGAAUAUUAUCUAACGUUAAUCAAGAAUAUUACUAAUUAAGCCGGACCAAGGGUUCAAAUUUGCUGCUGAUCAUGAUUUAUCUCUGACAUUCGACAAGUGUGGCCACGUCAACGCACGGGUGAUGGCAGAGUCCGGAAGAGCCAUCCAAAUUCCAUCCUUCUGUGGGCAUCAAGGAUGUUCAAGUAGUGGUUUUCCUUCAAGUUCUUUGCAGUUUUCCAACCACUGCUAUGAAAAACGUUCAUCCACAUCAAAGUGGAGUUUUGUGAAGAGGAGCUCUGAACCACGUCAGCCACCAUCUUGUGUCAUUACAGUCUUGCUUGAGGGCUUCAGUUGCAAAAGGAACAGGCAUUCAAAACCUCUGAAGCGAAGAAAUGCAAAGAACUAAGACUGUGGCCCAUUUAUCGAAAGCCCAUGGUUGCCGUCUGUGGUCAUAGGAGCAGUAGGAAAAUCCAGUAGUGUAGGCUACACUAAGGUGGAUGUUGACGAUGACGAAGACGAAACUGGUGACCGAGUGCUUCAGGAACAGUUCAACCGUUUUGCCAUUGCCAUGGCAUUGCAAGAUACUAAGAUGACACAGAAAAUCAUUCAGAAAAUGGGGGAUCCCAAGAGUAUUGGAGAUAUACCUGGACCCGCAAAUGAAGUCACUGAGUUGCAGGAACAGCUACAAGAGCUUUAUGGGCAAGCACUCAAGCUGAUAGAUGAAGGAGAUGAAGAAACUGCGCGUGAAUUGAUUGAAGCCAAUUAUGAGGUUGUUGUGGACCAACUGGAAUCUGGGUAUAAAAACAUGGAGCAAGUUGCCAUGCUGGACAUCUCGGCACAGCUGCGAUUGAGUUUGGGCGAAUUUGAAGAAACGAAACAUUUGUUGUAUCAGAUCAAAGAUCUUAUGGAGGUUGUUGGAAUCAAUUCAAAACAGUCUUUUGUGGACAAGAUACUAAAGCACGUGAGGAGUAUGUACACAGCAAUAGGCCAACCUGCGGAUGGACUUCCCUUUUAUCUCAAGCGUGUUGAAAUACAAGAAUAUCUACUUGAGCAUUGAAGCUUGUGGAGCAAACAUAUGGCGCUCACAACGGCAGAGUAGGUAUCGCUAAGUGUGCUCUAGCUCGAGCUAAAGCUGCAAGAAGUGAAUUAUGGAAACUUACUUAAAUGCACUUUGAUUGUUUCUCACUUUCCUAUUUUUUUUAGUCUUUUCCCUGCUUUCUCUCAAAUUCUAAAUACUAAAACUCGAAGCUGUAUAAUUCACAAGUUUAUAAGUUUAUAAGUUUAUAUUCCAGUUUUGAGAUUUGUAUCUGUUUAACAACUGAAUUCCUGCAUAAAAUACUUUUCCAAUGUAAAGUAACAACUGUUUUUUGCCAAUUAUAGGUUUUUGGUUCAGCCUGUUCUGAUUUAGUCUGUUUUGACUGCCUUUCCAUGAAUUUUCCUGAAUGUGCACGAAAAAGUACUCCAGUUCUAAAGCACCAGGUUUUACUCAGGUGCAAUAGUUGAAUCCAUAUCCAUAUGUAGGGAAGGGUUACACGUUAUGGAAGAGUGCAGCAAGUUUAUGGAUGAUGAUCCUUCCUUGGAGACAGUGCGUACGGAUCUUGCUGAGUUGCUCAAUAUUUUAGAUAGAUGAUUUGAACACUUCAUUGUUUCCGGUUUCUUGGAUCCCUUUAGUCUUUUGGAUCUGUCUCGAGUUUUAAUUAUGGCUGAUAAAAUUUCUGUGCACAGGCAUGACGAAGCCGAUGAGUUGUGGGAGAUAAACCUGCAUGCAAAAGAACAAGACAGUAGUCCCAAUGACCCUACCUUAGUGGUUCAUCUUCAGAAUUUGGCAACAUUCUAUGCUGUAUCUGGAAAGUACGAAAAGUAUGUACAUUAUCUAGGUUGACAGUAUGAAGUGCUAAAACACCUAGAUAAUGUAAGGCCGUGUAUAACGUGUAGAACAUGUUUUUUCAUUGAUUUUACCUUCACAUAUUGGAUAUAACGAUGGUGAAGAUCGAUGGUUUUAAUAUUAUGGCAAUUGUUAUUAGCUGGAGUUGAGAACCCAUUGACAAGAAUUACUUAGAGAUAUUCACGGAAGGCGAUUCUUGUGCAGGAGAAGCAUGCAACUGCUUGUAGUCCAUCUUGUUUUCCAUCAAAAGGUUCGAGGAGGCUCUUAU